UGAUUAUCUAUGACUGCCAGCCCCAAGUUAUACUAAGCGAUGAUAGAGGGGAAAGUACGGUUUAUGUCUCACAUAAUUUUCGAGACACGAUCCCUCUCGUAUAAAAGUACGCGUCCUUGGUGUACAAAUUUACUCAUGGCGAUCUCCAUCGCAGUAACAUUCUCCUUACAACCUCUCUCCCGUACCGUACUCUGGCGAUUGUCGACUGGGAGCAGUCUGGCUGGCCACUCGAGUACUGGGAAUCUCGCAAGGCACACUGGGCUGCUUGGGGAACGGAGGAGUGGUCAAUGACCACCUGUCUAGGAGUCUAGAUCAAUAUGGUAAGGCAGUACUUGGGAUCCGUGGGACUGCUACCUGUCUGUCGACACUGGCAUUCUCCACUACCGCACUACCCAACGAAACCCAAAGAACUACCGU